AUGCUUCACAAAGAUGCCGAAGCUGCGGCACCGGCGCCAACGAUGACCCUCUCGGUCGCCGUCACCAACAAUCGCCUCAAGACCACUUUCAUCGCCGCCGGUCUCCUCGUCAUCCUUUUAUCCCUCCUUGGCUUGUUCGAUCUGUCGCGGACCACGCCGGCUCGAGUGCCGUAUACCGUCUACGAACCUUCAACACCGUCGACCGAUCAUGGCGAUGCGCAAAAGCGACCCGGAGAGGCUGUGGAGAAAGAGGGAGAAUGGCGGCCUGGGACUGGAAACGGGGACAUCUCCCACAAGCUCACGCCGGAGCAACACCAGGCCUCGAAGGAGAACAUGAGGGUGGAACAUCUCGAGAUCUUUUCCAACAUGACAUCUACGGGCAGCCUCUUCAUGAUUGAUUUCUUGGGACAGGAAGGGUAUAAUCCGAGCAUUCUGCCCCAUCCAACAAAGGACGAGACAUGGAUUGUGAUUGCCAUGAGGGACAAGAGAAAGGACGAAAGUGAUAUCUGGAAUGCGGAGCUCUAUUGCGAGGCCAUCUUCGUCAAGACGGAUAAUGUCAUGCGAUGCUUGAGGACUCCCCUUAUACUGCCAAUCGCAUCUACAACAAGUCCGGUGUGUAAGGAUGAUGCGAAGUGGUCGUUGUCUUUUAUGAAUCGCAUUAUCGGACCACAUGAUGCACGAAUCUUCUGGGGUCCAGAGAGGCCAUAUAUCAUCUACGGAUCACAGUCGAGGAAGAGUUGUCUUGGGCAAUAUAUACAGGAUCUGAGACGAGUGGUAGACUGGGACCGAGACGAUCAGGCGACUUCUGAAAAUGAGACGGCAUUCUUCUGGCCCACCGACCUGCAACGUCCGGACCCGAUAGAACCUCUCGAGAAGAACUGGUUCGCAUUCUGGAGUCAAGAAGGAGAGAUGUAUCUCCACUACGACAUCGACACCACCCACCGCAGUUUCGCCAAAGUCAACGAAACAGACGGCUCCGUCGUCGGGAAAGACCUCGCCCCUCUCGCCCGCGACCGACAAUGCAUGGAAAGACUCAUGCCCACCCUGAACCAGAACGACCUCGAAUGGAUGCACCAAGCCACCAACUCCCUCUCCCUCACCCUCUGCAAACGCUCCGAUGAAACCUGCCACGCCACGCCCGAAAACACAUACAUCCUCACCUUCUUCCAGAAGAAAACCUUCUACUACCACGGCGUCUACGAGCCCUACGUCAUGCUCUUCCACGAGACCUCCCCCUUUGCCAUCUACGCCAUCUCCCAGAAACCCAUCUGGUACCACGGCCGCGGCACGCCCGACGAGGAUUGGCGCCGGCCGGGGAAUGAGUGGAAGCCGGUCGAUCAGAGCGAGAUGAUCUUCACCAUGAGUGUGAAUUGGAAGGCAAGGGGGAUGAGAUAUCAUGGGUUCCUGGAUGAUGAGGUCAUCAUUAGUUUUGGGAUUGAAGAUCAGCAGGCCGGGGGGAUAGAUGUGGUUGUGGGGGAGUUGGUGAGGGAUAUGGGGCUCUGUGAUUGA